GCAGUUCGGACCCCCGGCCAGGCGGCGACCAGAAACACCUCGGUGCCGCCGCCGACUCCGGACUCCACCCGCGAACGAGACGGCGAUAUGGCGGCCGCAGCUAAGCCGGAGAACCUCUCCCUGGUGGUGUACGGACCCGGGGACCUCCGCCUGGAGAAUUAUGCAAUCCCUGAACCGGGCCCAAAUGAGGUGCUGCUGAAGAUGCAUUCUGUUGGAAUCUGUGGCUCAGAUGUUCAUUACUGGCAGCAUGGUCGAAUAGGAGAUUUUGUUGUGAAAAAGCCAAUGGUACUUGGGCAUGAAGCUUCAGGAACAGUUGCUAAAGUGGGAUCGAUGGUAAAGCAUCUAAAACCAGGUGACCGUGUUGCCAUUGAGCCUGGUGCUCCCCGGGAGACAGAUGAAUUCUGCAAGAUUGGACGAUAUAAUCUGUCACCAUCCAUCUUCUUCUGUGCCACGCCUCCUGACGAUGGGAACCUCAGCCGAUUCUAUAAGCACAAUGCUGACUUCUGCUACAAGCUUCCUGACAGCGUCACCUUUGAGGAAGGUGCCCUGAUUGAGCCACUAUCUGUGGGGAUCUAUGCCUGCCGGCGAGGUGGAGUCUCUCUGGGGAACAAGGUCCUUGUAUGUGGAGCUGGACCAAUCGGGCUUGUCACUUUGCUUGUGGCUAAGGCAAUGGGAGCAGCUCAAGUAGUGGUGACUGAUCUGUCUGCAGCCCGCUUGUCAAAAGCCAAGGAAGUCGGGGCUGAUUUCACCAUCCAGGUUGCCAAGGAGAGCCCUCAGGAAAUUGCCGGGAAAGUGGAAGGUCUGCUGGGCUGCAAGCCAGAUGUCACCAUUGAAUGCACAGGAGCAGAGUCCUCCAUCCAAACAGGCAUCUAUGCCACUUGCUCUGGUGGAACUGUAGUGAUUGUGGGGCUCGGCUCUGAGAUGACCACUAUACCCCUAGUACAUGCAGCUUCCCGAGAAGUGGAUAUCAAAGGCGUGUUUCGAUACUGUAACACGUGGCCGAUGGCAAUUUCCAUGCUUGCUUCCAAGACAUUGAAUGUAAAGCCCUUAGUCACACACAGGUUUCCUCUGGAGAAAGCAGUGGAGGCCUUUGAGACAUCCAAAAAGGGAUUAGGGUUGAAAGUCAUGAUCAAGUGUGAUCCUAAUGAUCAGAAUCCUUGAUGCAGCUUGAGCCAGGCCCUCAUCUCAGCCUCUCAGCAUCUCAGGGCUAAAUGGCUGGGCAGGGGUAGACUUUGACACAGAACUUUCUUUUCUAUGAUAAAAAAUAAUUACUGUAAUUCAUACCAAGCACUGAGCCUUAUAGAGGAGUUGAUAUGCCCUAAAGACUCAAGUAGGGACCUCAUAGCAGAAGGACCUGCUUGUGCUAAGCAGGGUCGAGCACAUAGGGCAGAGUUACGGCUACAUGCGCUGGGAACUUCCACCUUCAUGUAACAGCGCCUUCGGGAGGAGAGCCAGUGUGCCCCUGGGUUCCAGCUCUCACUGCCACUGGCCAGGGAGUGGGGCUUUUAUGAGUAAAUCACCUUACUAAUACUUAAGUGGCCCCAGGACUUAUUUUCAGGGUCUUUCAGGGAUGUGAGUAGUUGUAUUUUAGAGCACAGUGUUUCUUAACUAAGUAGUGUCUGGCUUCAUAUAAGGAGAAAGAAAAGGAACUAGUUUUCUGGUUUCAGGAUAAUUUUUAAGCCAAUUGAAGGAAUAAAAUGAAGUGUCAUGAGGUCACUCCAGUGGACAUUCCAGUGGACAGAGCGAGGGCACUUCUCACUCCUGCUGAAAGACAACUUCUCAGCCCCUGUCCCAUGUGUACACUGGAGGACUGCCUUCCCAGUGCUGCUCGUCCAUGUGAAGGCAUGGGUCCUACUGCUAGGCAAUCAGGAGAUCUCCAUCUGAAGACAUCUAUGGUCCUGUCUGACUAGACAAAGAGGACUGACUACCUGAGUGCUUGAUUUCCCCACCCACAGGAUUGUCAUCCCCUCCCAGGCUCACGUACAUGAUUAUUAGACAAUUCAGCUGUUCUGGUUAUCAUAGAUGGAAGUGUUCUCUUCCCAUAGCCCUGAUACCUGUUAGAGGGGAUCUUGCUGAACUUAUUUUAAUCAUAGGGAUUCCUGUAUAAGAUUUGGGUCUAAAUCAUACCCUUUGUGAUUGUGAGAUAAAUCAGGAAUGAGGAUACAGUAGCUGUGACAUAACUUGGGUUGUAUCCUUUAAUCCCUCACUUCAGCUGUGGGCGAACAUGUUUGAAGAGAUUCUGGUGUUCUUUAUAGCUGGGAAAGACCAUGGCCGGUACCUGAAAUUUCUUAAACUGCUUUGGGUAAUAAAUCCUGUUGCUGGUCUCUGA